UGUGGAAAGAAGAAAAUAUGCAUUCCUCCAACCUCAAUUGCCGGGACGACCCUCACCCAUACACUCCUCAAUACCACUCCUCUACAGUCCCACAAACAUGAGCACACCCUACGACUGCGGCCUCGCCGCAAUCGACGCGGCGCACGCCCUCGACCCGAACACCAUCCCCAAUCCCAAUCCCUCAGAAACCUCCUCCUCAGACACCCCCUCCUCAGAAACCCCCACAAUACCCUACGAACUCCACUACGCUCAAAAAUGCACCUCGUACCUUCAUAAACUCUGCCCCUCCCCCAGCGAAGCCCUCCGCCUCGCCAUCCGCGCCCAGCACUUCCGCCGCUGGGAAGUGCCCCGAUCCACAUACCCCAUGACGCGCGCGGGCUACCACGCCUGGCGCACGUACGUCAAGAAGCGGCAAGCCGAGCUCGUCGAAGCGAUAUGCCUCGAUUCCGGGUACGCUGCGGAGAUUGCCGCGCGCGUCGCGGCGCUGAUUCGCAAGGAGGGGCUGAGGGAGGGGGAUGAGGAGGCGCAGACGUUGGAGGAUGUGGCGUGUCUUGUGUUUUUGGAGGAUCAGUUGGAUAGGUUUGAGAGGGAGUUGGGGGAUGAGGAGAAGAUGGUGGGGAUCUUACAAAAGACUUGGGAAAAGAUGUCUAGAAAGGGGAAGGAAUUAGCCUUAGAGAUAGAGAUGAGUGAGCGGGGGAAGAGGUUAGUGAAAAGGGCGCUAGAGGGGGAAUGAAUGGGCUGGCGAUAGGUGAGGAGAGUUCAUGAAAGGAAUGUGUGUUAUGAUAUAUCCAGUGGGACUGGCAUUGUUGUAUUAUGAUAUGCAUACUCUCACCGGCAGCUUGGCUGCAACACCGUCGAACUUCUCUUUAGGUACCGCAGGAACGCGCCACCUGUCUCAAUCCACAGGAAAGGGUUCAGGACACCACCAAGUUAAAGCAACAGGAAACCAACCAGAAAUUCCUCCAUCACCUCAUCAUCUCAUAACUCCAUCCGUCGCGGCUUCCCUAAGACCCUAACCCGUUCACACGAAGCCUUUUAAGCACCCCCCUCCCUCUUCGCAUACUCCUCCUCAAUCC